UCCCCCAAAUGUCAGGACAGUACAGAUAUCCCCCAAACGUCAGGACAGUACAGAUAUCCCCCAAACGUCAGAACAGUACAGAUAUCCCCCAAACGUCAGAACAGUACAGAUAUCCCCCAAAUGUCAGGACAGUACAGAUAUCCCCCAAAUGUCAGAACAGUACAGAUAUCCCCCAAAUGUCAGAACAGUACAGAUAUCCCCCAAACGUCAGGACAGUACAGACAUCCCCCAAUGUCAGAACAGUACAGAUAUUCCCA